GAAUCAGCAGAGUGUUUACGCUCUUGAGUCACUCCAGUGCUACCGACUGUCGGGAUGUGACCCCGGAACAGGACGCCUUAUACACAACACAGCUCUCAAAUACAACAAAAACGACAGAAUCCUGGACCAGGAGAGCAGUGCGUCAGGAGCAGGAGGGAUGAACGGUGAGGAAGCCCCUGGCAAGUCUCCUGAGGAGAUGUACAUCCAGCAGAAGGUGCGGGUGCUGCUGAUGCUCAAGAAAAUGGGAUCAAAUCUGACGCCAAACGAGGAAGCAUUUCUGCGAAAUUAUUCAGGCGUGGUGCACAGCCAGAUGAGUCAGUUGCCACAGCACCCCAUUGACCAGGGAGCUGAGGAUGUGGUGAUGGCCUUCUCAAGAUCAGAGACUGAGGACAGAAGACAGUGACCUCUCGCCAUGCCAAGUCACUACAGCUGAAUACCACACAGCACUGUUGACUGAUGGAGAGGGUGGAGCCUGAGAUAGGAGAGGGGCAGGGCUUUGCUGCAUGUCAGUUGCCCCACUGCCCUUCACUUCCCCAUUUCCCUCCUCGUCCUCACACUAACUAUUACACUAUCGGGGGCUGCGGCUUCACUACCUGAUGAAUUACAGCAAAUGAGUCCCAAAAGAGUCUCCGCUGGGAUAUAUUUGAUUUGUGUUUUGGAGGAUUUGUUUAUUUUUUUUUUUGGUUCCCAUGAGAGACUGAAUGGACCAAGAGCUUCAUUUGUCUGGUCAAACCAAGAAAGAAUAUAAAGAGCCUUAUGGGUUGUGUCAUUAGAAACAACCUCAGUUUAAUCUUGUUCCUUUGUUUUUUAUUGUAGUAGAAGUUUCUUUUUUUAUUGUUAUUAUAGGAAUCCAGUGGGUCAUGGAGGUAGGUUUUUUUUUUUUUUUGGUUUUCAGUUGUUUAGCAGUUGUUUCCAUCAUAAUGGAAUUGAAAUAUUAAUCUUGUUGAUUAGGCUUGAGAAUUACUUCAAAACGGACGAGGCCCGUAUGCGAGCACACACUCACUGAAUGAGUUACACAAAUUACCUGAUGUAUCAUUAUCUCUUUUUUUCAAUGUUUGGAUUAAUGUGAAAUUUUAUAGCCUUUUUUUUUUUUUUUUUACAGAGCUUGAGAAAAAAAAAAAAAGUAGAAAAGUGACCGAGUUGUGCUUUAUGUAAAAUAUUUCUAAAGGUAUCUAAUGAAUGUCUUAGAUCCUUAUUUAUUUUUCCAGUGUCUUAAAAUUUAGUAAUAAAUACGAUCCCACCCCCAAUAAACUUUUUAAAUUCUGAUUUUAACAAUGUUUUGAGACAAAUUACCAUACAAACCAUAAUAUACAGAAAUUCUUGAGCACAUCAACGGAAAUAGCCACAGCCUUAAUAAUAAUAAUAAUAAUAAUAAUAAUAAUAAUAACAGAAUGUGCCAUACUUUGACAUGUUACCAUAUAUUUGACUGUCUAAUACAGUGAUUCAGUGGUGCUAGUGAAAGACACAUUUUCUAAUUAACAUCAAUGGGGAAUACAAGCUUGUGGUAAUUAAGAGAACUCUAAACAGCCCUCUUACUUGAAGGGAUAUUUCACCCAAUCUAGGGAUAGUUACUCACCCUAAAGUUGUUCCAAACCCACAAUCAUUUUUACUAUUUAACAGUUCAAUUAAAUAGAUUUUUUGGCCUUUGACCUUUUUGGUAACAUUAUGUUCAGUAUGUAAUGUGUAUUCAUGUUUUGUUAACUUGCUUACAAAAUUAUUGUAUCUUUAGCGUCUUGAAAUGCCACAUGCCUGCUUUGUGGUUUAUACGGUGUAUGUUCAAGUAGCUCUGUAAUGGUUAUGAGAGCCUUGCUGCAUUAAACAUCAAUGUACAUCUCUUUUUAAAUCCUUUUGAACAUUCUAUGAAAUUGGUUUUAUAGUCCUCGCUAAUAGCCUAAUAUUCCAGCAAUAAGAAUUUGAUUGAAUGUCUUUAUUCACUGAGGCUACAUGGCCAGCAGCCACAUUAUCACUCAACAAUGACCGGAAAGGGCAUCGGAUUACAUUUAACUGUUGUUUUAAAGUCAUGUUUAAAUCCUUAAUUUGUCUAUGCAUUGUUUCUAAACAUUCAGAAGCAUAUGAACUUGUCUUACUGCAAUCAUGUCAGGCUGAGUUUGUGGCCUUUUAGACUUUGAGUCAUGAAUGUCAUUGUUUUUGAAUUCUUGUUUAAUUAAUUUACAUCAUGGCAUGUUGUCCUUACUCCCUUGAGCUGUAAAACUAUUUAAUGUGAAUUGCUUUUUUUUUUUUUUUUACCGUUUUAAAAUUCAAUUGGGUAGUUGUUUUAUGUCAUAUGGCUGUUGACUACGUCCCUUGACUUAAAUGCAUCUAAAAUCUAUAUCAACUGAAACAUUAAAUGAGUUUAAAACUGCCUGCUGUGUUGGGUUCCAGUGGAAUGUAUUCUGAAAUCAUAAACUAGCAAGACUACAGUGCUCCAACCCAUCUAUCUUUGUGAUAAGAACCAAGCUGGAAAAAGAUUGCAUUGUGCCGUCCGUCCGUACAUACGUACACAAAGUUGAGACCUGACACAGAAUGGAAGGGGAGUGAGGUUUAUAUAGAGGAGUUGAUUGAUGCAAUGAUUGGAGGCAGGUGUGGGUGAUCAGUACUCAAGAGAGUGAGAGGGUUGAGUGAAAUUGUUAGGUGGGUCAGAAGGAUCCCUGACAAGAUCAUAAAAGUUGGCUUGUACAAAAACGUACAACUUUGACAUGUAUACAGAAAAAUAAACAAACCAACAAACAAUGUUAUGAUUUUUCUGAAGCUGAAGCACUAAACCUAACCCUAACCAUGAAAUCUAAACACUUACCCAAACCCUAAACCUAACCAGGAUUAAUGGGAAAAUCCCUAGUGUUCAAUGGGAGAAAGAGAAACAUUGGGGUUUUGGACGAGCAUUAUUAAGAUUUUUUUACUGAACUUGAACACCAAAACUAACCUUAAAAUCUAUCUGCUCACCCAAACCCUAAACCUAAAUUGUUGGAUAGAGGCAAGCUAAAAUGUUAUGCUUGUAUUGUAUUGGUUUGUUGAUAUGCU